CCGGAUUUUACUGCAGCGGCUGAGAAUGAGCUAGCCCGAGUCGAGCCUGUACUGGGACGAUGAGUGUAUGUGAAAAACUGUCAGCACCUCGAGGAAAAUCAGCCAUGUCCGCUGCUUUUUACGUCUGCCUUAUCUCUUGGUGCCUCCAAACCGACGCUGUAGCAGCAGAGCUGAAACCACCAGAUAAGUUGACCAUGAUCACCAUGAACACCAAUUACACACUGAUCUGGGAUUGGGACCAGAAUUCAUCAGAGAGUCACGCUGUCAACUUCACCACACAAUAUGUGGCGAAGUUCAAGCUGAGGUCUACAAAAAAGAGUCCGAUCUGGAACACUGCGUGUGAGAAGACGUCGCGUAGGUCAUGUGACCUUACAGAGUCCAGUCUGUACUACCUGGGCAUCUAUGUACUUCGUGUACAAGCCAACGUGAACGGGCAUGUCUCAGACUGGGUGCAGAAGGAAUUCUGCCCUGAUGAAGAUGCUAAUUUGGGUCCUCCAACCAAAGUGGAUCUUUCUCCUGCUGGAAGUGACCUGGACAUUUUCAUCUCUGAUCCUCUGACCAACAACAACAUCUCCAUGAAAGAAAGUCUUCCCAACAUAUAUUACCACAUCCUCUACUGGGAAUGCUCUGUAGACACACAGGCCUUAAGAAAUCAGAUGGUGAAAAGCAGUGCUAACAUGGUGACUUUGCCAAACCUGAAGGCCUGGACUUGUUACUGUGUGAGCAUCCAGUCAUGCAACGACUUCUACAGCAAGAACAGCAGCUUCACCUCACCCCGCUGCAUGCAGACCGAAGGUGCCACUCUGUGGUGGCAGAUCUUCGGCUACUUCCUGGUCUCUUUGGUGAUCUGCUUCCUGGUCAUGCUGCUCUCAAUCUACAGCUCCUUUUGGUGCUACAAGACUCUUAAGGCAACGUUGUUCCCGUCCGUCCAGCUGCCUACACCCUUCCAGUAUCUUUGUGACUCAUCUGGGUCCGACAUUCCUCGCCUCCUCACCCCGGAUUCAGACUCAGAGCUGUUGUUUGAUAAGGUGACCGUCUGUUCGGAGCUACCGGUCCUGGAAAUCCACAACCCUCCUCCUGAGGCCCUGCAGGAGCCUGACAGCAGUGGCAGACACAGUCGUCAGGACAGCGGUGGCAGUGGAGACUCAGGAGUGUACUCCACGGGGGGCAGCUCCAACCUGCAGCAGCCCCACACCAGCCGUUCCUCCGCGAGGGCCUCUGGGCAGAGCCCUUUUGACUUGGAGCGGGUGAAGAUGCAGGACAUGGCUCCAGGGCUCAAGACUCCACUUGUGAUCACUGACGAGGGCAUUGUAGACAUGUGCGUCUGAAGGCAUGCAUGCAAAAAUACAUUCGUUGAGAAGAGCGUGAGGCCAGGAUGAUAAUAAGGAAGACAGGUUUGUGGUAAAAUCUGCAGCGUGCCUUUUCUCCAGCCGUCACUGUGAAACAAGGAGAGGAAAGCAUAAAAAAAAAAGAUUAUGUGUGACAGACACACACAAAGAACAAAACUGAUCAGCUGUGAUGUUGCCCCAUGUUUCCAUUUCUUCACUGUUGACAUAUUUCUCUUUACAGAUCCUCAUGUGCUCUACUUUUUGGCACCAGCAAGGAAGUACUGUUUCGUGCUGAUAUGAUAUGUUGUACGUUUCCUUCCUGUCGUCUCCACCAGCCACUGUCUUAACCUUUAUGCUGCGAGUUGUUGACAGUGGAGUCUUUUCUGACUGAGUAUGGGUGAGAGGAUUGGAGUGUAUCAGUGUAGCAGUCUGCAUUAAUCAUGGUUUGUAUCUCUUUUACUGUCCAAUUGGUAUAAUGAGUUAACUUUAGUAGCUUUAAUGUGCUAAUUAGGUAGCAUUAACUGAACAUAAGCAGAUUAAGUCAAAUAGACUAAUUGGCAGUCUGUGAAUGAGGCCCAUUGUGUUUAAUUAUUUUUGAGUUGCUAGAUCUGCUAGCCCGACCUGGCAUUUCACUUACCCUGGGCAAUCCUUAUUGGUGAGCCCUGGAUACUCAGUGGUGUGAUGGUCACUAAAGGUGACUGCUCCAUGCAGGAGAGGCCAGACACACAGUCAUCCAACGUUUAGCAGAUAUUCAGCGCCAUCUGAGAAAUCUGUUCUUGUAAAAUGUCCAGUGUAGCUGGUUACACUGAUUUUGUCAAAAUGUUCUAUUAAUUGGUGGGGAAAUAUUCUCACCGUGGCAUCCCUGCUGUUUGUUCUUUAGCUUUCCCUCUUUGGUAUAAAAAUGGUGGAAAGAAAUAAUAGAAACACUUGUAGGAUAAUUUGUUACAAUUUAACAGCACCACUAGCAGUGCUGGUCAUUGCCAGUUAAGGGUUAGACCUACUGACAUUCAGAUAUGAAGUUGUUCUGUUGUGUAACAUUUUGCUGUCUGAAGCUUUAAACGCAUAAUUUGACCUAAACAAGGAUUGCUGUUGCUGUCAAACACUCAAUCAAAAGCAGCUAGGCCUGCUUUCCCACCUUGUUAAGUGUUGUGUUUCAUUGUGUAAAACAGAAGAAAUAGGGAUUCAUUUCUGUCCUUUGCUUUUUCUAUUUGUCAUCUAAUCACCAAAUAAAUCCAAUUUGAUUGUAUACCCAUAUACAACUUAUUAGUGACUAAUAUGAAAGCAAUGUUUUUUUAUUUUAUAUGCAUAUGUUCUGGGUCUUUCUGAGAAAGGUUUGUAUUCAUUUUAUCACAAUUAUUUGAAUACAUUUGUAUGGUGCCAUUUAUGAUUCUAAUAGAAUCUUGGUACUAUAUACAUUUUUUUGUUCAUAUAACAUUUAGUGUCAAAUAUAUUUUCCACAUAUUUUUUUAUUGGAGCUAUAUUAUUUCCACCAUCUUCCAUGUUUGUUUCUUUGUUUUGAUGGAAAAACUUGUAAGUGUAAGUUUUCACUCACACAUUUAUCCAUCAGCAAAGAUUGCCACAGUGUUGGUGGUUUGAUCACCAGCUAAUAUUGUCUGUAUGCUGACGUGUCCUUGAGCGAGACACUGAACCCAAAGCUGUUCCCUAGCCACUGCUUCUGGAUGGGUUAAUGCAGAUGUCACAUUUCAUGUAUGUACCUGUAUGUUUGUCACCAUUGUUUACGUUUUUGUUUGUCUUUUAAGCCAGUCAGAAGCUAAUCAGACAUACUUAAAUUGAAUUAACUCCAAUCUGCAUUGCCUCAACAUCUUGCCCAUCACUGUCCAUUGUAACUUGAAAUUGUAUAUAAGCAUACUGUUAAGCAAUGUACUGGUGACUCGAGUGAUAUCGGUGUACGUGUCUGGUCUCGCAUUCAUAAACUAUUACAUCUACAGCAACCAUGUUAAUGGACAAUCAUGAAAAUGAAAUAAAUCCCCCCAGAU